GUUUCUUGAUAGAAUUCAUCCUUCUCGCAGCAAAGUGAGGGAUUUGUUUUGUUGAAAUACCCGACACAUAUCGGAUUCGUUAAUCUCACCUCAACUUUUGUGACGCACUUCUUAUAAAUAUCCCAUUAACAAGAAGUCACAGGAUGAAGUUUGCUCACAUGAUGGUCAUUGCUGCAGUGACUUCUUGCGUAUUCAACACAGUCCGCGCUCUCCGAUGUAAUGUGUGCAUAAGCUCCGUCUCCUGGGAUGACUGUGAAAAAUCACAGAACACUCAACGAUUGACGUGCGAAUCAGAGGAUACUUACUGUCACCGCCACAUGACGAGUUCUGAGGUCAUGGGCAUCACAAUUGCAACUUUUUCAAAAGGUUGUGCAAUAUCUGACAAUUGCACACCUGAAGCAAUUGAUCGGUGUAAAAACGCUGAAAACACUGACCUCCAGGCGAUGCCCGGAGUGACAGCAGUCGAAUGUGAUUUGAAAUGCUGCCAGGGAGAUUUGUGCAAUUAGCAUGUAAAAAGAUGUCUGCGAUUCGCAUGAAAGUAAACGAUUUUCUCAGUGGGGAUAUAUUAGGAUUCCUCAUGUGUAGAAAAUAAAAAAAAGGGAUAUCAAACCCUGAG